GAUGCGGCGGGCCCGCGCCGACCCAAUGCUCGUCGUGCUGCUACUGCGGCUCGCGGGGCAGGUCCAGGCCCUCGAGCGCAAGCCGCCUGUGACCCUCGUCUUGGUGGGUGCGAUGACAUGGCUCUUUGUCUUCCGCGGGACAAGCCCGAGCAUACCGACGGCAGCGCACUACGCUCUGCUCCUCGUCUCGGCCUUUCUGCACUCGGAUGCGUGGCACCUGUACCACAACCUGUACAUUCUGCGCAAUCGCGUUCGCCGCAUGUCCAUGUAUAGCGCGUCGCUCCUCUGGAAGGGUGUCCAGCUCGAAGGCGCGCUUGGCAGUGCGCACUUUCUGCAGCUGCUGGCGACGCUGCUCGUUCUCGCCCAAGGCAUCACCGUCGCAGCGGCCUACGUAUGGGCGACGGCCACCGACUCGAACUGGCCGCUGCGCCAGUGCUCCAUCGGCUUCUCGGGCGUCCUCUUUGCUCUCAAGGUGGUCCUCAACACGUCGUCACCGGCGCGCUCGCACUGGAUGGGGCUGGCGCUACCCACCAAGUACCUUGCGUGGGUCGAGCUCUUGUACUUGCACGUCGCUGUCCCGCAGUCGUCGUUUCUCGGCCACCUCGCAGGAAUCCUCGCUGGCUAUCUCUACGUGAGCUGUCCGACGUGGCGCCUCAACGUUGCACCGCAGCGCUAUGCGUACCGCAGCGGCGCGUCCGGCCACCGCGCGACUGCAUCGACCGCGUCGAAUGACCGACGUCGUAUGGAGGCGGCCGACGCUGCCUACGCUCGGCGUCUCCACGCCGCCGAGCUGCGCCGCCGAUAA